UGUGAUGACAGAGGAAGGCAGUGGCGGAUGAGUUCUGACUGACAGACUGCCAUCAGUCGGCUAACUGUCGCAGGGAAGUUUCCGGAGUUGUUCUUGAACGGUUUUCUCAAUCCACGGCGCUAUGAAGGAUCAAAAUUACAGCGAUGAAAUCACAAAAAUACUGGAGGAGGCUCCUACUGCCCGCAAAGCACUUUUAGACAACUACGACAACUUGCACAAAGUAGCGGAGUACUGCGAGAACAACUACCUGAAGUCUGGAAAUGACAGCAACAAAGCUCUGGAAGAGACUAAGGCCUUCACCACCCAGUCUUUGGCUAGUGUGGCCUAUCAGAUCAGCUCUCUGGCCACCAAUGUGCUCAAGCUACUGGACGCACAAACCCUUCAGCUCCGUAAGAUAGAGUCCUCUGUCAACCAGAUCGGACAGACAGUGGACAUGCACAGGGAGAAGGUGGCCCGCAGAGAGAUUGGUGCAUUUACGGUUGGGAAGAGGGUUCCUCGCAAUCAUAAGGUUGUUCCACCAGCAAAAAACAAAGAAGCCAAGCUCAAGUACACCCGCACACCCAUCUCUUUCUCUAGCUUGGACUCUGUUGGUCAUGGAGUGAAGGAUUCUGGCCAACCGCAGUUAAAAACGGCUACCAUGUCGCGCAGCGGCAGCAUACUGAGUCGAGGUGGGCGUCCUCCAGAGCCUGUCCAGUGUCCUGUGGCCCCCAGUCUGUCUCACGGAGCAUCCUUGACCUCACUCAAUGACAAGUCUAUCGCUUCGAGUUUUGGUAUAGCUGUGCCACCUCCUGUAGUGCCCAGCUGGCCCACCAGCCCUGAUAGUGACAUCAUCAGCACACUAUCGGAAGAAGUGCGGGAAGAAGGACCACCGCCUCCACCCCCAAUGAUGGAGGCAGAGGGUGAAGUGAAUCAUGGGCAGGAGGCCGCUCCACCAGCUCCACCACCACCUCCACCUCCUCCUAUGGAUUGUACCGAGAGUAUCCCCCCGCCUCCUCCAAUGCCCACCUCAUCUACACCUGAACCAAGCAGCAUGAUGGCCAUACCACCUCCCCCACCCGCUCCACCACUUGAAACAGUGGCCGAGGAGAUUGGAUUUCCUCCACCUGAAGCUCUCGGUGACAUGCCUCCUCCACCAGCCCUUGACGGCCUUGAUCUUCCAAGCCCACCACCUCUGCCUGGAGGGGAGAACAUCGAAGAUCUUGAGAUUCCAGCACCGCCCCCUUCACCACCACUAGAUGAUUUUGACAGCUAUGAGGAAAUGCCUCCUCUGCCUCCCCCUAUUGACUAUGACAUGUCAGCACCAGUUGACUAUCUGGAGAAAGUGGUGGCACUAUAUACAUACGACACAGGCAAGCCGGGUGACCUGGUGUUUCAGGAGGGGGACAUCAUUUACCUCACCAGCAGGAAUGAGGAUGGCUGGUGUGAAGGGGUCCUAAACGGAGUUAAGGGUUAUUUUCCUGGCAACUAUGUGGAGUCCACUGCUUAACCAGCCAUACGAUUUCACAAUGUCACUGAGCAAAUUAUUUGAGACCUUCUUUCAACAUUUUGUCAAGUGAAUCUGUGUAGUAAGAUUGGCUGUUCUGAGCUCCUUUUUGUUGUUGUUGUUGUUGUUGUUAGGGUGGUCAAACAUCACAAAAGCUACUAACAUGCUGACUGAUGUUCCCUGCAAAGAUGAUUUUGCGUUUAUGAAAAUACCAUGUCUCAAGUUUACUCUGGUUUUAAGAAUAAUGAUCAUUUAUCUCUCAGGACUUUAAGUUAUAAUCUAAAUGUACGACAUAUCAAGAAACAUUUUUAUGUGCAUUUCAGAUGUAUUUGAUCAAGUGAGAUGAUUAAUGAAUUCAUAUUUGUGUUUGAAUAGGUUUUUGUGCAGAGUAAAUAUAAUAUAAAAAUAAUAUAUUUGUGUAAUUUAAUUUAGUUUCCUAAUUAACCUUUAUUACGUGUGAUCCCCUUUUGCCAAUACUGUAUAUUAACAUUUAUUUUUUACUGUGGUGAGUGAAUGAAA